GACAAAAAGGGACGACAACACCGGAAUGAGGAAAUUGACGAGAGCAAAGCUGCAAAACAAAGUUGUUCAUCGCUGAUAACCAUCCAACCUGAUGAGCCAGAGGUCACUCUCACGCUCACAGAGGUGCUGCAUCUGUCUCCAGGCAUCCACAAGACCAGCAGCCUGAGGAGCUCUCUCUCUCUGCUGCACAGUCAUGUCUCUCCUCCUCCUCAUCACCACAGUGUUGUCCUCACUCAUAGUGCGGGAUGCCGAGGCGUGGAGCGCCAAUGUCAAGUACGCGGUGAACUGCCCGGACCGAUGCAACAUAGAGCGGUGUGGUGGAGGUGCUGGUGGUGGUGGUGGUGGUGGCACGCAGCGCUGCGCACGGAGCGUCCUGGAUGACUGCGGCUGUUGCCAGGUGUGUGCAGCCGGCAGAGGGGAGCACUGCUACCGCACCGUGUCCGGGAUGCACGGGGUGAAGUGCGGACCGGGAUUAUUCUGCGAGUUCUACAAGGAUGAGGACGACUAUGGAGACGAAUAUGGGAUAUGCAAAGACUGCCUGUAUGGGACCUAUGGGCUUGAGUGUCGCAAGACAUGCAACUGCAAAGAUGGCAUCUGUGACAGGGAGACAGGAGCUUGUCUCACCCUCAAAUUCUUUGCCAAAAUCGCUGGCAAGCUCAAGACUGAGACUCCAGAAGGGGUCGAGGUGGGCUCAGGAGAGGUCAGCUCUGCCCAGAGCACAGAUCAACACACGACUCCAAGGCGGCCUCGCUGACAAGUGCUGACAAGACUGAAUCUAUUCAGUGUAAAUGUAGCAUUAACUUAUAAAUGAACUGAAAGAUAUAUUUUAUUAUGUUAAACGAUGAACAAAACUUUUUUACAGCAGUCGGAAGCUUUUAUUUGGUUUGUUGGGUCCUCGUUUGACACAAAGCAUCUUUUCUAAUGAAAUAUGCAGAUUAUGUCAUUCUCUAUUUCUCUGUUAUUGUUUGUCAAGAUGAUCCUGUCAUCUGUUUUCCCAUGAGCUUCACUGUCUCAUUUAGUGUGCCUUCAUACAUUCUUGUUGAGAAAAUGAGAGUUAAUGUCACAAGACAAAGACAUUUAUUUUCAAACUGGACACAGCAAUAUUUGUCAUUGAUUCAUUGUUGUCCACGAAACAUUUUGAGGUUUUCCACAAUGAUGUAUUAUUUGUACUGUAUAUAUGAAAUGCAGACAUGGAAGAUAUCAUGUAUAUGACACCAGCCGAUGUAAAGAAUGCUCUUACAAUUAAACCAAAGUUAUCACUGA